CACAGGCUGAAGAGCCAAUAGACAAAUAUCUAUUCACGUUUCUUAGGUUUAUUCUUUCUCUCUCUCUCUCUCUCUCUCUCUGUAUCCCUACUUCGCCUCUGUUUCAUUUGGCCCCUUGUUUCUCACAAUCCACAACACACUCUUCAAACUUCAAACCCCUAAAGCCUAAUCCUUUUCAAUGUUUCAUCAUCUGGGUAUUGAGUUCUUCUUUUGAGCGCUUUAGCAGAUUCCAUUCCUUGAGUUUCAUGCUGGAUAUGCUAACCUCUUAUCCUCAUUUCUGAUAUUCCUGUUUGUAUGUUCACAUCUCUUCUGAGGAUUUUAAGAUCAUGGGUAGAGGCAGAGGAAAGGGUAAAAAGCUGACUGUUACUAGUCAUGAGGAUGCUGUGAGCGGUGAAGAUGAAAAGGUUCCCAUGCAAAAGAGAAGAGGGAGGCCGCAGAAACCGCUAAAGGAUGACUUUGAUGAAGAUGAAGUUGAGAAAACGGAAGAUGACAGUGAGAACAUCAAGAAUGGAGUCUCUAACAAAGAGGUGAAAAGUCCCACUGCAGCUGAAAAGAAAAGGAAACGUAACACGCCGGUAAAAGAGAAAGUAGAUUCACUUGAGGAAGAAAAUGGCAAUGGAAAUCGAUCGAGCACCGAGGAGUUGAUAAAGUCCAAUGGAUUUAGACAUAAUGGAAGCAGGCGCAAAAGCAAGCCUCGUCGAGCUGCUGAAGCAGGUGUGCAGUGCAAGUAAGAAGAAUGAAAGUUGGAGUUAGGAAGUGAGGCCUAGUAAUCUUUGAAUUCUUUAUUUUAUUCACUUGUUUUGCUUCUAUGUCUUUCGGUUGGAACUGGUUUGAGGGCUUCCAUUUGGUGAUUCCCUAUCAUUUUUUUUAACUUGAAUCACGAAUUUGAUUAUUUAGUUGUAGUUUUAUAAUGCUUUAACACCUUGAAUUUAAAUCUUUUCUACUUCGAUUUUCAA